AGGCUGAACUAUAUAAAUCUGUACACAGGUUUGAGUAUAAGCUAAAAAAAAAUUUAAAAAAAGAAAAGAUGCUCAGAAAUGAAAAAGUACAAUAAUAAUAAUUUGUAAAAAGGAAAUGUGCCGUCAGCUUUGUAUGCACUCCGUACUAUAUAAGACUGAUUCCUCUUUUAGUCUCCCCCACAGUUCACACGUCCUAUUUUGACUCUCUACUAGUCUCUUCUUCUUCUCCCUCUGCAAUCAAAUUAUAUUUAUUCAUAAGUUGUAACAGCAGUGACACUCUGAUAUUGAAGAUCGAUCAAGUUAAUAAAAAAAUGUCUAGACUGAGCAAAACGUUAUUCUUGAUUUCCCUACUUCUUUUCAUGUCUCUCGGUGCUUCUACUGCUCGUCCAGAACCUGUUCAUCCGAAUGAUUCAUCUCCAUUGAAUAACCAACAUCAGGCUGAUGGUGAUCAAGAAGAUGUUAAUGAGGAAACAAAUUGUGAAGGAGUUGGAGGAGAUGAGUGCUUAAUGAGAAGAACACUUAUUGCUCACACUGAUUAUAUCUACACCCAGAAGAAAAAGGAUUAAUUUUCAGUUUUCUUUCUUUCGAUAAACUUUCAUUUUCUUUUACUAGUAUUAGCUAGUCAGGUUCAUAAGUUAGGAACUAAUUAAUCACUAGGAUUACAGGAAGUAAUUUUUGAACAGAUCAAGUUAGAUCAUUCUAUAUUAUAAGCUCUUUGUUAAUAAAAUUAAUUAAUUUUAAGUAAAAUUUGAGUAAAGUCUUUAUUGCUUUACGUGAAGUGUACUUUAUUUU